UGCAAAUAUGUCCGAUAUAGAAACCAAUCAAUGCCCUGCCCUGCCUUGCCUUGCCCUUAAAACGCUUGUUCUUACACUCAACAUGCGUUGAUGUCCCCGUCGCGGUCGAAAUUUGCUGCUUUUCCUAGUUUUAAUUAUUAUAUGUCCAAUCCAGAGCCUUGCUUGCUACGGAACGAGCGAUUGCCAGAACUUCCAGAUCGCCGGACGUCCUGGCUCUGAGUGGGGUAUGUGGCUGAAAUUAAAUCCACAAAACAAGUUGCUCUGGUAUGUCGCAUACAAUUUGCACUGGAAACCUUUGCACAUUUGCUUCAUUAGUUUUUUAGGAACUUCUUGUGCACUUAAUGUGUGAUUCCUUACAAGUGUGCUUGGAGGUAUUUUGUAACCAGAAUUAUAUCUAAAAAUUAAGCAUGGAACCAAAAAGGAAUGUGUAUAUUUGGGAUAUGGAUGAGACUCUAAUAUUGCUGAAGUCUUUACUGAAUGGGUCAUAUGCUGGGACUUUCGAGGGUGUAAAAAAUUUGGAAAAUGGUGUGAAGAUUGGAAAACUGUGGGAGAAUCAUAUUCUGGAAGUCUGUGAUCGGCAUUUCUUUUACAAACAAAUUGAAAAUGUGAACCAACCAUAUCUUGGCAUCUUUAAUGCACAUGAUGAUGGUCUAGACCUCUCUGAUUACAACUUCAGUCAGGAUGACUUUUAUCUCCCACUCAAUGCUCACCGAAAACGAAAAUUAGCGUACUGCCACCGGGUUAUAGCUGAAAAAUAUCGGAAGGGGUUGUAUAAUAUUCUCAGUCAAGAUCUCAUACAAUUGUGGGAUAGCCUUUAUGAUUUGACAGACACGUACACAGAUAAAUGGCUGUCUUCAGCCAGGUCAUGCUUGGAGCAGUGUACAAGCCCAAAACAAGACAUGAACCUGUCAAUAACUUCGGAUAAUACUAGAGAUGCCCAGUUUCAGCAUGUAAACAUUUUGGUUACAUCUGGACCACUUAUACCAAGCCUGGUCAAAUGCCUCUUCUUUCGACUGGAUAAUAUGAUUACUUGCGAAAAUGUGUACAGCUCUUUGGAAGUUGGGAAGCUCCAAUGCUUUGAGUGGAUCAAGGAUCAUUUCUCCAUGCCGAAUGUCCGAUUCUGUGUUAUUGGGGAUGGCUGGGAAGAAUGUGAAGCUGCACAAUCCAUGAGAUGGCCAUUUGUCCAGAUUAAUAUACAACCGAACAGUAUCCAUCGGUUUCCGGGGCUCACACCCAGGGAUUUAAGGCACUAUUUCAACAUUAUAUAUGGUGCAGACGAAGACGACCCUGAAAGAUCUUUGUUGUCAUAAGAUAAGGUCUUUAUUUGGAAACUCAGAUAUGGUACAGUACAUAAUUUGCAAUACUUUGGCUUAUAUUAUUUAUUAGCUGAUGCAGCAAAUUUGAUAAGCUGUGUGGAUUGUGGUAAUGAGUUCUUGUGCGAACAAGAUUUGGUUGAUUUUAGCAUUGGGUUUAAAUUAAAUUUAAGUUUAUCUUAUGAA